AUGGCCACAAUUUCCCGUGUGAAGCCUGUGAAGACUAAUUCAGAUACCAGUCUAUCACAGUAUAUGAAGCAGAAGAAAGGACAUGGAAAACCUAAACAGUUCUCUGCAAAAUCUAGGAGCAAGAGCAACACCAGUUUCAAGAACUUACAGAAAUUACACAAGGUAGGAAGCCACGAUGCAUUGAAUAGAGGACUUUUCGAUCCUAUGAAGAAAUCGAAGAGUUCGGACUCAUUGAACAGACGCACGGUACACAGUGGUCUCAGUAUGACGGCAUUGGUAAGAACAUCAUCUCAUCCAGUUGUGCUACACCAGAAUAGUCACAGCAUGAAGCAUAAGGGCCUAAUUAGUGAUAGGAACUCCAAGUCCGUCAUCCUAGAUCUUCACGAUUCUGGGGAUAACGAUUCUAUGACUGAUGAAGAGGUAGAGUCUUUCACCGAUAUAGAAGGAGAUGAUGCAUCAGAUGAUGAGACAAUAAAUGGAACGGGCAAAAAUUCAACAACUCAGAGGAACUCGAUGCAUAGCAUCAAUGAUUUUCAGGACAGAGCUGGGUUAAGAGUGGAUUCUGGUAGACCUCUACAAAGGCCAUUGAGCUAUAAACCACCGUCACGGCUUAGAAACAGAGUUGAUGCAGAUGAUGAUCAUAUUUCAUCAAGAGCUGUGAGCCCAAUGGAUAAUGACAAAAUUGACGCUCCUGACAGGGAAGAUGACCUUAUUGACCCUGGCAAUCAGGACACUAUAUCGAACACGAAUAGUCUAAGACGCCACAGGCAACAUAUGUUUGAUUUCAAUAAUGGAAACGGUAAUCUGCAGAAAUCUUAUAAUGUGGAAACUACGGAGCAUGAGGAUAUUAUAGCAGCGAACACUGCCGUCGAUGAAGGAGUGCGUCGUUAUACUGAAGAAGAUAUUAUUGACGGAAUUACACAUACAGCAACAAACGAAAAAGCAAAUGAGGAUAUUGGUAGUGAUGAUCCUAAGCGAUAUUCAUUCGCAAAAGCUGGCGCUGUAACUGAUGAACAGUUUCCUGAGGAUCCCCAUAGUAAUGACAGUUCCUCCUCCAGUAAGAAUGGCAAUAUGAUUCCUGAUAGCAACAACACUGCUCUGAAUGGUUCUAAUAUCGACUCUGAAACACAAGGAACGGAACAAUACGUUCCUGAUAUGAUUCUAUCUCAGUCUACCGGAAUGGAAAGAAGAUUUGAUCAAUUAUCUCGUCAGAGUUCGUUAGCAUGGCUCGACCCAGCCGAAAAUAAUAACGAUAAAUCUCUCAAGAUACAGAAUACAAAAUCCAAUAAAUUUAACUAUAUCAAUCAAGAUUUGGCAGCUUCGUUGAAAAAUGACAAUAUUGAUCAGCCAUCUCCUCCGCGCCAUCAAGAACAGCAGCCGAAACAAUCGAAGGCCGACUUUUCUACAGCUAUAUCCAGUUUAACCAGUCAUUUGACAAGGCCCGUUUCACGCGACCAUCUUUUACGUGCGAACACUGUAUCUCAGUCACGUCCACGGCAGCAAUCACUCUAUCGGCAACCAUCGUACAGUGAGAAUGAUACCAGCGGUAAUGGCAUGACAGAUUUCUCGUCAUUUUUGCAAUACGGAGACGUCGGAACUGACUCAAGAACACAACAAAAGUUAUGGUUGCAAAGAGAAAAUUCAAUACAAGAUCUAAGCAGUCAAAACACCUCUCCUGAUGCAGUGUUCUUGGCCUCGAAUGUGGAGGUGAGAAGAGAAUUUGAAAGAAUUUCUAGAGAAUACACUAAUGUUAGAAGAUUCUCUAAUCCGUUGGCAGAUUCUUUGAGCAGAAUAUCGCAACAACAAAGUAUUGAAAUACAAAAACAAAAGAAAAUUAGCACGGGUGAGAACGCAGGAAGCUUCUUCGGAGUCGAUUACGACAAGGGUAAAUCAUCCAAGGAAACUAACUCAACUGCCAAUAAGUUGGAAAUGCAACGUAUGCUCACCAAACUUUGGAACAGCAAUACAUUAGAAUUUAAUAAGGACGAAAAUCCUCUAGUUCAAUCAAAUCCUGAACUCAUGACAGUGCAGCACCCCGGUACCUAUCGAAACACCCGUCCAUCCCGGAUGUCCAGUUCUCAACAUCAAAGAGCAGUAAACUCGUUGCAUCCCACUACUAGGGCAGUAAAUAGAAGAAUGGAGCAUGUUUUGAACCAACAGCAUGUGUAA